CGCACGUUCUGGGAAGCCGCCUCGGCAAGCGCCGGGGCGCGUGCUGCCUGCCCGAGGUCUUAGCGCACUUCGGCAAGAUUCCCCAGGCCGUCACGGAGGAGAGGCUCGUGGGGAGGAUCAAGCGCUACACGGAUAUGCCCAACGGAGGCGGCUACGGUUUCAUCGACUGCGAGGAGGCCAAGCUGCGCUUCACCCGCGACGUGUAUAUACACAAGAACCAGAUGCAGGGCAUGAAGAUAGGCGACAUGGUCAGCUUCACGAUCGUGCGCAACAACAAGGGGGAGCCCCAGGCCCGCAACGUCAUGAUGGCGGACGACGCGCUGCUGCUACGGCCCGAGUCUGCUGGCGUGGCCGCGGACGCCGCGCUGGCGGCGGGCGCCGUGGCACCAGCGGCGGCGACGGCAGCCGCGCCACCCGUCGGGCUCAUGGACGAGACGCAGGACAACCACGGGAGCACCAACGGGAGCCACGGGACAACCAUGCGACCGCGGCUCAUUGCGGCGUGCCUCGGGUCUGGUUGGGCGAGGUGGGCCGCAGUGGACCGGGGCCGGCCUUGGUACCCUGGUGGAGGGUCAAGGCAGUCCAAGUGCGCGUCCAUAGCCAUCGCGGCGUGCGUCGCUCAUCUGUUGGAUUGUGUGGUUCAGCGCAUGGCCCGUGAGCGCGGCAAUUUGGUCAUGGCGGUCGCGGCGUCCUCGGCUGCCUCUGUCUCAGGCUUCUUCGCAAAUUUCGUGCACGGGGCGACGCUUGAGGUCAGACGCGUGCCGUUGCGGCAGGAGUCCUGGGAGCGCGCCUUCUUCUUCUCGCUCGGCGGCCACCUGUCGUCGUCCCGCUUCUACAACGACGACGAGGCGGGGGACGAGGAGCGCGAGGAGGUGAAGUUCCGGCUCUGCCGCGCGAAGUUCCUGUGCCAGCUCUGCGGCCUGGUCUAUGCCGACGGGGCCUUCUGGGCGUCGCAUAGCGGCAAGACGCAGGGCGACCUCUCGCGCGGGCUGUCGGGCACCUCGAGCGUGUUCCGCUACUUCGCCGGCCAGUUCCACAAGGAGAUGGGCGGCUCCGUGGUCGAAAUGAACCCGCUCGGGGUCGUGCCGCUCGGAGAGGAUCUCAACAAGUCCUGGAAGUGGCGCGAGUACCAGGGCACGUUCGUGGACGGCCUCGUGGACUGUGCUGGAAGCCAUGUGCUCCAUACGGACACUCAGGCCCUCCUCACGCUCCGGGAGGGCCGCAAGACCCUGGUGAUAUCCUUCCGCGGGACCGAGGGCAGCUCCAUGCAGGACAUCUUCACGUCGAUGCGCUGCAGGCGGCAGAGCUGGCCGCAGGGGCCCAACGGCGAGGACCUCGGACGCGUGCACAGCGCGAUGUUCGAGGCUUGGCAGUCGGUGGAGGAGGCCGUCUUGGACGCGGUGAGGAGCCUGGUGGCCUCUGGUGUCUGCAAGAAGGUCCUCUGCACGGGCCACUCCCUCGGCGGCGGCGUCGCCACCCUCUGCGCGCUGCGGCUGCGGGAGACCUUCCCGGACCUCCCCGUCGAGGUGUACACGUUCGGCGGCGCCGUCGUGGGCGACCUGGGGUGGAAGCGAUAUUUCGAGACCCAGAUAAAGGGCUGUUACCGCGUCAUCAACGACCAGGACAUCGUUCCCUCGUUGACGAUGACGGGCGUUUUUUCACAUGUUGGUACCCUGGUGAACAUGAACGAGAUUGGCUUGUGGAUAGAGCAGGAGCCCGAAGACGACGGGGAGGGCGGCUUCGACGAGUUUCUGACAGACCACAAGCUCGGUAACUACAUGCGCUUGCUCGACUAUUUCACGGCGAUCACAACCGCCAGGCACAAGGUGAGGGACUUCGAGCAGAAAAUUCAGGAUGCAUGGGAGGCAUACGUCAGCACCGGCGGUGACGGUGACGGUGGUGAGCUCAGCCCGUUCAGCCCUAUAUCUAGAUCCAGCAGGAGGACGAUCUCUAGCAGACUCCCCUUGCGCGCCCGCCCUUCCGAACACCUCCCGCAUGGCCGCGAUCCUCAACGAGUACUUCGGCAUCGACGAGGCUCGCGCGUUCCUGGUGGAGCCAGAGGUCCUGCGCCUUUGCAGCAACUACAAAGUCGAGCGCUUCUCCUAUCCGGUGUUCGUCACGGCGUGUGCCCAUCUGUUCUUCGGGGAGUCCGACGAUGA